UAAUGACAGGUAAUUUAAUAAGAAUUCCUGAAUCCAACUGAAAGGUUUAGUUUAAGAAUCAUUUUUGUUAUUGAUGAAGACCCCUAAUUUUUAUUUUGUUGUCUACGGUAUAAAUUAAAUUUAACGAUAGGAAAAACUUAUAGUUGACUUUUAAAUGAAUACCUAAUGGUUAUGGUAUUGAAGAUUCAGCCAAUUUGCCAAUAACACUCCCGGCUACAUUUGGCCUGUGCUGCUGCUGCCUUGAACUGCCAUGCCCCAAAAACAUGUGGAGCGAACACAGCUGGAUGGGACAAGUUGAGAUAUAUGGAGAUAUGAUAAAAGAGUGCUUUGGAAUUACUUUUCCAGAAGAAUUCAAGUCAAAAGAGCAGAUAUGUGAAGUGUGUAUCACCCGGCUGCGGAACUCGUUGCGUUUCCGCCGACAGGUGGCGCUGUGCCACGCGCAGCUCCUCGAGCAAAUCAACACAAUGCUAACGACAGAUUUAUUGAAGCCCAUCAAAAUUGAGUUCAAUGAGGAGGAACCGGAUAAGUUGGGAGAGGAAUACAUCAUUGAAAUAUCAGAGAAAACUAAUGCAGAAACAAUAAAUAAUAUGGAUACAGAUCUGAAUGAGGACACGCGUGGACACGACAACGAUGCUGAUGAUGAUGUUGAUGGCAAUAAUAGUGAUGACACCAAUUUAACAAAAACUAAAGCCGCCAAGCCUGCUGCGAAAAUAGCUAAAAAAGAUUUUAAACUAGCACGCCGUUCUAGUUUUAUAAAAGACCGGCGCACGUGUCCCCGCGCGGGCCACAUCAAGCCGCGCGAGAACAUCGGCCGCCUCCUGCAGCACACCACCAUUCUUCCAUUCAAGUCCAACAAGGGCUACUUUAACUGCUUCUACUGCAACAAGCAGUUCGUGGUGUUCGACGAGCUGCGCGCACACGUCACGACCGGCCACCACGACGUCACCUUCAUGGCCAUCAUCAAAAACAUCGUGCGACCACACGACAGGAUCAAAGCUGACAUCAGUAACCUAAGCUGCAAGAUAUGCCAAAAAAGGUGUGACAAUCUUGAAGAAGCAAUAAAGCAUUUGGAGGGACAUGACAUCAGGUUUAAUUAUGACGAUAAACUGUUGAAACCGACUGAUUGUCUGUUGACAUACAAUUUAAGCGAUGGAAAAUUUAGCUGCGUAGUUUGUAAAGCCGAAUUCCACUUCUUUAAGACACUGACAAAGCAUAUGAAUGAACAUAGCACGAAUUAUGUUUGUGACGUGUGUGGGAAAUGCUUCCUGUUGUCGGAACGUCUGAAGGCGCACACGCAGGUCCACGCUUCGAACGCGUCAGUAAACUGUGACAUGUGUGGUAAGAGUUGCGCCACUUCUGGCAGACUGCGCAGCCACAAAAGGCACCAUCACAAGAAAAGGUCCCAUGUAUGUGGAAUUUGUAAUCAAUCAUUUCCAACAUUUAGAGAGAGGAUGCAGCAUUUAGAAGAUGUUCACAACCGGUCUCCUCUUAACUUAACGUGUAAGAUUUGUACGAAGAAGUUCAAGACAACCAGUCAUCUUGGCUGCCACAUGAGAACCGAACAUUACAAUAUCCCGUAUGUGAGGAAAAGGAAGAAAAAGGGCGACGAGAAAAGUGGUUAUCAGACAAUGAACUAUUGAUACACCCUUCAGAACUUCCGCGGCAAUGUCGUACGUAGGUUUGAAUAUGCAAAAUACAUGAUAACUUGCAAGACGGGAUCAAGCACAAAAUAACAAUGAUGCAGUCAUUAUUGUUAUAAGAAUUUAUACUUGUUACUGGGUUUUUUGAAUGCUUUGCAAUAAGAAAGUGCUACAAGUGUUUCGGCCAGCAAAAACACUUGUUGCGUCGGACAAUAAACUAAAGGAGUUUCGAAAGGACUUACGUGUUAAUGUUAAAAUUAAAAACAAAAAAUAUGAAACAGUUUUA